GCCUCACUGAGGCCAUUUGAGCAUCUGUUGCAACCUCCAAAAUGGCCACCACGCUGAUCUUUGCAGGCCGAACAGGCCUGAAAAUCAGCCCGGGAAGGCUGCGGUGCUGAAUUAAGAGGCCAGUGAGUGGAGGGGGAAUGAUCUACCACUUUUCACCCUCCAAGAUGCUGGCAUUCGUUCUUUUGCCUCUCCUCUCUGCUGGAGUGUCAGUUAGUCCAGACCAGGUGAGGUUCUCUUCUUACUCGGGGGAAUAUGGUGGCAGCAGUGGCCAACAUUUUGACCAAUCGCAGAACCAGCUGGACGGCCCCAUAACAGCUCUGAGGAUAGCAGCAAAUGACAAGUAUAUCGUAAGCAUCCAGGUUUGCUAUGGUGACUCGUGGUCCAAUACCGAAGGGAGCUUGACGGGCAGCCCGUCUGAAGUGCAGCUCUUCCCUGGAGAGGGAUUUGUGCAGGUCCUGGGCCGUUUCACAGGCUACGUGGAGUAUCUCGCCUUCCGUACCAACUUGGGCCGCCUCUUCGCCUUUGGGCCUGGCUUCAGUUCGGGGACAACCUUCAAUGCGGAGCCUUUGUUCCCACAAACAGUUCUGCGUUUCAUCAGUGGCCGUUCGGGGUCUUUGGUGGACGCCAUUGGGUUCCAUUGGGACAAGCAACCAUGAAAUGGAGGGCGGAAUCCUUCCACAUGCGCACUCAUACCAAACAACCCAUAUACAGAGGUGUGACCGUCAAGGAGUAUUCACUCCCCAGAAAUCAAUAAAAUGAGCAAGAGUU